AUGUCCAGCGUUGUAGUCGGCGCAGGUCCCGCACAUGCUGUCUACUUCGCAACAUACGAGGCUGUUAAACACAUUAUGGGUGGAAACAAGGCUGGAGUACACCACCCCCUUGCUGCAGCGACCAGCGGAGCUUGCGCGACAAUUGCAAGCGAUGCCCUGAUGAAUCCUUUUGACGUCAUCAAGCAGAGGAUGCAGAUUAAGAACUCGAGCAAAAUGUACCGGUCCAUGUUCGAUUGCGCCAAGUUCGUUUACAGGACGGAAGGCCUGGCUGCUUUCUAUGUCUCCUACCCUACCACCCUAUCUAUGACGGUGCCUUUCACCGCUCUUCAAUUCCUUGCCUACGAGUCAAUAUCGACGACUAUGAACCCAACAAAGGCAUACGACCCCACGACUCAUUGCUUGGCCGGCGCUGUUGCAGGAGGCUUCGCCGCCGCACUUACCACCCCCAUGGACGUCAUCAAGACUAUGCUGCAGACCCGAGGCACCGCUUCUGACCCUGAGCUGAGAACCGUGAACGGAUUCAUGGCCGGCUGUCGUCUCCUCUUUAGGCGAGAAGGAUUCCGGGGUUUUUUCAAGGGCGUGCGACCUAGAGUUGUCACCACUAUGCCCAGCACGGCCAUAUGCUGGUCAGCUUACGAGGCCUCAAAGGCCUACUUCAUUCACCAGAACGCUAGCUCCUGA